GUGGACCCCGUGCGUUUACGCUCGCGUUUUGGGGGGCCGUCGCCGUUCUCCCGCUCGCGGGUUCGAAGCCAGGGUGGGCGCGCGAUGGUGUUCGGCCAGGUGAAGGCGUUUGCGGUGCGACUGGAUGGCGCGAGUGCGGGCGCCGAGCCGGUGUUCAGCGGCGGCCAGGUCGUGGCGGGCCGGGUGUGGCUGGAGCUGACGGGAGCGGCGCGCGUGGGCGCCCUGGGGCUGCGCGCGCGGGGCCGCGCGCACGUGCACUGGACCGAGUCGCGCAGCGCGGGCGCGAGCACCGCGUACACGCACAGCUACAGCGAGUGCGUGGAGCUCCUGAGCCACCGCGCCACGCUGCUGGCGCCAGACACCGGGGCCACCACGACGCUGCCUGCGGGGCGCCACGAGUUCCCGUUCAGCUUCCAGCUGCCCCUCGCCCUGGUGACAUCUUUCGAGGGCAAGCAUGGCCAUGUCCGCUAUUGCGUCAAGGCCACCCUGCACCGGCCCUGGUUCCCUGUGCGCCGGGCCAGGAAGGCGUUCACGGUCAUUGAGCCCCUGGACAUCAACACGCCCGCCCUGCUGGCCCCUCAGGCGGGCACCCGCGAGAAGGUGGCCCGGCCCUGGUACUGCGCCCGCGGCCUCGUGUCCCUGUCGGCCAAGAUCGACCGCAAGGGCUUCACGCCAGGAGAGGUGAUCGCCAUCGUCGCCGAGGUGGACAACGGCUGCGUGCGCCCCGUACUCCCGCGCGCCGCCCUGGUGCAAACGCAGACGUUCGUGGCCCGCGGCGCGCGCAAGCAGAAGCACGCGGUGGUGGCCAGCGUGGCGGGGGAGCCCGUGGGCGCGGGGCAGAGGACGCCGUGGCGCGGCCCCGCACUGCGCAUCCCGCCGCUGGCGCCGUCCAUCCUGCACUGCCGCGUGCUGCACGUCGCCUACUCGCUCCAGGUCAGCGUGGACAUCCCUGGCGCGUCCAAGCUGCGGCUGGAGCUGCCGCUGGUGGUCGGCACGGUCCCCCUGCACCCCUUCAGCAGCCGCUCGUCCAGCGUGGGCAGCCAGGCCGCCUUCCUGCUCGACUGGGGGCCGGGAGCGCUGCCUGAGCCCCCCGAGGCCCCUCCUGAGUACACGGACGUGGUGACAGAGGAGGUGACGGCCACCGUGCCAAGCCCAUUCCCACCACAGGACCCCGGCCUGUGCCUGGACGGCUCCUACUUUCUCUACAUCCAGGAAUUCCGCUUGCGCCCGCCGCCCCUCUACUCCGAGGAGGAUCCCAACCCGUCUUCGGAGGCCAUGACCUGCUGAGUGGCUAGAGGAUGCCUGGACAAGCUAGGCUACAGCUGUGUGUCCACUUACGAUGACUUUGCAUUGAACCUGGGGAAAAGCAGUCUUGAUGUGACACGGGACAAGGAGAUACCAGGCUGGCUGUCCUCCUGUGGUGUUCCAAUGUCCAGCAGAGUCCCAGACUGACUGUGCCCAGGCAUAGACCGUUCCAGUCGUGUGGAACCAGGGGGACCCAGGCUGGGAGAAAGGAGAAAAAGCAGAAGAAGAAUGAGGGGAAGGGCAUUUUGCCUGAGACCUUUGUCGUAUGAAUAGGAGCUCGGCAAGCAAACAAGUGGAGAAAGUCGGUGCAGGACUUCAGAGCUGAGUGAGGCUGGCAGCCUCAGAACGGGGGGCGCAGAGGGCAGGUGGCAGUGACGUCGGCCUGGGGAAAGGGACUAUGGAAAGCAGGUCACUGGAGCUCUGUCCGGCCUCUGGGUGGCCAGAACAGCGGCCGUGGCCUUUGAAGAUUGAAGAGGACAGACUCCUGGCCCAGGGACUUCUUCCAAGUCCCUCAGGACAGAUCGGUUGCCCAGGACCUAUGACAGGAAACCCCAGAUCAGGACGGGACAGGCAGGACCAGCCUGGGGUGACACAUUGGAGGACCCCCCCCAUCCGUGCCCUGGGGAGCUGGACCAGCCCCCCCCGCCCUGCAUUUCCGAGAGGCCUUAAGAUGUUAAGAUGUGUUCUCGUUUACAGUUAUUUCAUUUUUUUUACAAAAUAAAAGGUUCUGUGCGCAGCUGUUAGUGUGUGGUUUCAGACCACAUUUGAGGGACAGAGUUCCUGCCCAGUGAGAAUCAAGGGGCCGAGCCUUCACAGGGGGAAACUGAGGCCCAGCUGGGGGAUAAACCAGGCCCUGGACACCUCACCCACCCCCCGUAUAUAGUCUCCGUAUUUCAAAAUGAUUCCACACCUUCCAUCCUCCAAAGGGGCUUCCCCUCAACCCACGCGGCCGCCUGGAUCAGUGCUUCUUCCCUUUUCCAGGCUGAGUAAUAUUCCCCGUGUUUAACGGCUCACGUGGGCAAAGUGAGCAGGAGAGAAUGAGAUGACACAGUGUCUCACUGUGACACUGAUGGAGCCGCCACUCAAAACCGGCCCUGGCGGCCACGCCUGUGACCCUGGGCA